AUGGAAAAUGCUUUAAAGGUUAUAUGGGGAAACCCGAAAGGAUUUAGCGUGAGUGACAAAGGAGAUAAUUCCUUUCAAUUCUUUUUUAAUAAAAAAGUGGAUGUCUUGCGUGUUGAAUAUAGUUCUCCAUGGCUAUUCAAAGAUUAUGUGCUCCAUGUCAAGAGAUGGAAGGAAGAUCAGAACUGUGAUGAAGAGAUUAUUUUCAAUUUUCCAGUUUGGGUUCAAUUUUGGGGUUUGCCAGAAUCGUUUAAAACCCUCGAAGUUGAACGUAAAUUGGGAGAGAAACUGGGCACAGUGUUGGAGGUAGGUAAAUUUCAGAUGCGAGACAGAGAAACUAGGAUUGUCAAGGCCAAAAUCAAUAUUGAUGCUGCCAGGCAAGUGAGAGAUCAGUUAAUAGUGGCAGGACCUAAUAAAAAGGAGGUAGAAGUGGCACUGCGCUAUGAGAGACUUGGAAAGUUCUGUAGCUAUUGCGCAAAAUAG